UCCUAUUUAUCUCUCUCUCUCUCUCUCUCUCUCUCUCUCUCUCUCUCUCUGUGUUAUCAGCAAUGGAGGUUGUAGAUGUGGUUCACAUGGCAUUGAACGUGGCGGCGCCGGCGUUCACCCUCUUCUCUCUCGUCUUCCUCUUACCCCCAUUUCUCUUCUUCAAGCUCUUCCUCUCCCUCUUCCGAAACUCCCUCUUAGCCGAGAACGUCGCCGGCAAGGUCGUCCUCAUCACCGGCGCUUCCUCCGGCAUCGGCGAGGAAGUGGCGUACGAGUACGCGAGGAGAGGAGCGUACCUGGUGGUGGGGGCGAGGAGAAAAGACAGACUGACACAAGUGGCGGAGAAGGCGCGCGAGUUGGGAUCACCCGACGUUCUUCCGGUUUCGGCGGACGUCUCCGACGUUGACCACUGCAAGAGGCUUGUGGAUCAGACCAUUCAACGCUUUGGGAGAUUGGAUCAUCUGGUGAACAAUGCAGGAGUGAUCUCAGUGUGCAUGUUUGAAGAGUCCACCGACCUUCGUGAUUUGAGACCUGUUUUGGAUAUAAAUUUCUGGGGAUCCGUUUAUAUGACCCGAUUUGCGAUUCCACACCUUCGAGAGAGCAAGGGCAAAAUCAUUGCCGUCGCUUCCACCGCUGCGUGGCUGCCUACCCCGAGGAUGAGCAUUUAUAAUGCAAGCAAAGCAGCACUGAUGAGCUUGUACGAGACACUCCGGGUUGAAUUCGGAUCGGAUGUCGGUAUCACAAUUGUGACACCCGGAUUCGUAGAGUCCGAAAUGACCCAAGGCAAGUUCCUCUGCAAAGAUGGCAAGAUGGAAGUGAAUCCUGAAUUGAGAGAUGCGGUGGUGAGUGCGAUGCCGGUGGGGAGAGUGGAAAGCUGUGCGAAGGCAAUAGUGAAGGCAGGGUGCGGGGGGGAGAGGUACUUGACGGAGCCGGCGUGGUACGGGGCGAGCUACUACUGGAAGGUGCUGUGGCCGGAGGUGGUGGAGUGGUGUUUUCGGGUGGUCACUAGCGCCCCACACACUCCCGCGGCGGAAACACUCACGAAGAAGAUGCUGGAUCUCACCGGAGCCAGGACCAUCUUCCAUCCCCACUCCAUCCAAUCCCCACGCCCCAACAAAGCUGAUUAACUUAAUUAUGUAUCUGUUUGUACAUCUUAAUUUGUGUGUAUGUAUAUAUAUACAUGAAAGGGUACAAUAUAUCGUAUAUGAAGGUACGAUAUAAUAUGUUAUAACUAAAUAUUAUAUGUUCGAGAGU